AUGAUCAAUAACCAGCUGCAGGCUCUGCCGGACUCGAUCGGCAACCUGAGUCUGCUGACGUUCCUGUCCCUCGGCGGCAACCAGCUAUCGACCCUGCCGAGCUCGAUCGGCGCCUUGACUGCGCUGACCUAUCUCUCGGUCUGCCACAACCGCCUCAGACAUCUGCCCGACUCGAUCGGCAAUCUGCAGUCUCUAUCGCAGCUCUAUCUGAGCAACAACGACCUCGUGGCUCUCCCGGAUACCAUCGGCAAGCUAAGGUCGCUCUUGCAUCUCGACGUCAGCCACAACCGCCUCGUUACGCUGCCCGAGUCGGUGGGUCUGCUUGAUAAUCUGACCUCGCUCAAGGCACACCACAACUCGCUUUGCUCCCUGCCCGAGCCCAUCGGCCGACUCACGACCCUCAGCCACCUGAGUCUGAACGACAAUCAACUCCAGGACCUUCCCGAAUCGAUUGGCCGCCUCACAUCCCUCUCGGUCUUGCAGAUUUCCAACAAUCCGCUGGCAUAUACCCCUCGAUUCGCCUCGCUGCCCUUCAUCGUGAUGCUGGAGCAUUCGUGGAUAUUUCGGAUUCGGCGAUGGCUCGAGGGCAAACCGCUCGUCAGCCACUCAGCCGAGGAUGAGGUGGUCGACAUGACCGCCAGCUACUGCCGACAGUAG